UUUCAGAAUGUCUGCUGAACAAUUUGUGGGUCGUUGGAAGCUUGUCGAAUCCGAGAAUUUCGAGGAUUACCUGAAAGAAGUUGGGGUUGGUCUUCUUCUUCGUAAAGCCGCGUGUGCUGCAAAACCAACUUUAGAGAUCAAAGUGAAUGGAAACAAGUGGCAUGUCAAUCAACUUAGCACCUUCAAGAACACCACAUUGGAGUUCACUCUGGGAGUGGAAUUCGACGAGACAACACCAGACGGUCGUCAAUUCAAGUCAACCAUCACAAUUGAAGAUGGAAAAGUAGUUCAUGUUCAAAAAAGGAUUAAGGAUUCAGAUCAUGAUUCUGUAAUCACUCGUUGGUUUGAAGGAGAAAAGCUCAUCACAACUCUCCAAUCUGGAUCAGUUAUCUCUCGUCGUGCCUAUAUUCGUGAAUAGAUUAUUUUGAAUAUUGUUCUUGUUUUGUUCGGUCUUUGAUGCAAUAAAUAGCGAAAAAUAGUG